CGGACACAUUGCGUCUAACCCGAUUAUAUAUAUAUAUACAUAUAGAAUAUAUAUAUAUAUAUAUUUAAAGCUAUAUAUAGGUUCCGUGUGCGUUCAAGAUUAUUAGUGGAUUGUUACAAAAUGUGGCGCUUGAUUCUGGCCUUCCUGUCGCUGAGCGUGGUGUGCUGCCAGUCGGAACUGUUUCGGGAUGAUAUCAGAUCGCCAGAGAACGUAGCCAACGUGCACCGCCUGAUAGAGGAGAAGAGGCAGCGCGAGGAGCAGCAGCAGAGGCCACAGGAUGUACGCCAGCCACAGGUGCAGGUGGUACCAUCUGUACAGCACUCGGAGCUACAUCCAGAUCAGCAACUUCAUCAAGCUCCAUCCGUGCCCUUCCCAACGCUGGCGCCUCUGCAAUCCCCCAGUCUGGUUAGCGGCUUUGCCAGCCAGAGCGAUCCCGUCAAUCCCCGCUUCGGAGCCAGCGCCAUUAAGCAGCCUUAUCCCAUAAGUUCUGGACUUGGAGCCACGCACGUCGAUCUGGCUACCUCGGAGCAGAUUUCCCGAUCUGUUCUGCUUUUCGCUUACAACUUGGGACAGCAUAUGGGUAUAAGGAAAACCGAGAUCUUCUCGCCGCUGAGCAUUGUUCAUUCACUGGCGCUGCUCUAUCUGGGCGCCAGGGAACGUAGUUACAAUGAGCUGGCCGCGGUCUUCAAAAUCGAGGACACCAACAAGUUGCACCAACAGUUUGGCCUGAUGCUGCAGGAUUUGCAGCAGCCCACCCUGGAUCAGGUGUCUCCCGGCCGUCCUCUGACCAACUGGCGGGCCACAAGUCCGAUGCGGGCGAACCGCAAGUCCCAGCGACCGGGAGCCCAUGAAGUGCACCUGGCCAACGGAUUAUUCACAGCCACCGGCUUUACGCUCAACCCUGACUACAGGACGGUGCUCACCGAGCUGUACGGAGCCGAGCUGGAAGUGCAGGACUUCGAGGGCAAUCCGGCGACAUCCACGUACAACAUUAACCGCUGGGUGGCCGAGCACACGCGAGGCCAUAUUAAGAACAUCAUUGCCAGCGAGAUCCCGCAAAGCACGCGGAUGAUCCUAGCCAACGCCCUGUACUUUAGGGGCUUCUGGGAGACGGAUUUCAUUGAGUCGGCCACGCGACCGGACAACUUCUAUCCCAAUGGCGAGGGAACGCAGCCGGUACUGAGGGUGCAGCUAAUGGCCACCGGUGGCACCUUCCCGUACCACGAAGAUGAACAGUUGGGCUGCCGAAUCAUUGGACUGCCCUACAGGGGAAACCUGAGCACAAUGUACAUCAUCCAGCCGCUGAAGUCCUCAAAGGUUGAGUUGAUGGCCCUGCAAAGGCGUUUGUCGCCGGAAAGGAUCGAGGAGCUUAUCAGCAGGAUGUACAGGCGAUCGGCCAUUGUGGCCAUACCCAAAAUGCACCUCACCGAGUCCGUCAAUCUGAAGACUAUGAUGCAGAAUAUGGGUCUGGGCGGAAUCUUUAGCACCGUAGAAAAUGAUCUCUCCCUGAUCGCCUCACACGAGACUCGAGCUUCAGCUCGUCGACGUGCCGUCACCACAAAUUCCCUAGGCGGUAACAGUCUGCAGAAUCUGGAGGCCCAGCGAAGGGCGCCGGGUGGAGCACACUCCGAUCUGGUCGUCGACGACAUUGUUCACAAGGUGGACUUCAAUGUCAACGAGCAGGGAACUGAGGCGGCGGCAGCCACCAUCACCUAUCUAAAGAAAUCCGGCCCGGAUGUGAUCUUCCGGGUGGACACUCCGUUCAUGGUGCUGGUGCGUCACGAUCCCACCAAGCUGGUGCUCUUCUACGGCCUCAUCAAUGAGCCACCGGCGACUUAUUAACAUUAAGCUAAAUCUUAAUUAGUUAAGCACUAGUUGCUAAGUUCGUUGACUCUAGUUAGGAAGCCCAUUAAUCAUUUUAAAUGAUGCAAAUAAAUUAAAUCAUAAUUAUAAUAUAGGAAAA